AUGCCAGCCCUUACUGUCGACCGGCCACAACAGCCCUCCGCGACUCUCGCGUCACCUCGCGCGAGCGAAGGCGUGCAGUCCAAUCUCUCCGGAACCACCGCUGUUGCCACCAGCAGGUCACAAUUUGGGGGAUAUGUGAAGGAAAGUGUGGAUAAUGGAGGAAUUGAUGCACCCAGCGGGGAAUUGGUUCAGUUGGAGAUUCUGAACAAUGAGCUGAAAGUGGCGAAUCGUAUCAAGGAGGGAGCGGAGAAUAUGCUGCAAAUGCCCCUUGCCGAUGCGUUGCGGGUUCAGGUUGAGUCCGAGCUUGAGCUGGCGAAGAAUCAGAUCAGUGCACUCACGAUGACCAUCGAGACUCAUUCGUCAAGGAACCGUAAGAAGAGUAAUGAACCUUCGAAUGGUCAGGGAAAUUUCGGCAGGCCUCCCCUAGUUCAUAGCACAAAGCAGAGCUCUGAGGAAUCGGAACGAGAUGACUUCCGGUCUGCGAUGCAUCAGGCAAGCGGCUGCCUUAAGACGCUGGUCGCCCUUGCUCGCCAAAAGACAACAACACCCCAGGCUGGUGUGACCGUCUCACUCUCUACCUCACCGUCUUCGUCAAUGAUGCCGCAGCCGGGUUCUAUCAUGGGUGCUGACAUUGGCAGGGCGCGAAUCGACGCCAUGACGCGUCUGAUCGGCAUAUUGCAACGCAACCUGCGCGUCCGAUACGAGCUGGAUGUUGCAGAGGUGGUCCAUGCCGUGCUACCGUCACUCUCAGAUCGCUCGACGAAACGAUGCAGAGCUACUGCGUACAGACUGAUUCGGCACUCAUUAGUGGACUUCCAUUCUGUAGAGCGCCUGCAGGAGCAGAAGCUGGACUGGUAUAUAGUGAAGUCUCUGUCCCGUGACAACAAGUAUGCUGUUGAGAAGGAACAAGUCAUUAAGUUGAUCAGGUCCGUUGCGGAGAUCGGUUCCGAACGUCGGCAACCAGGAUGUGCGGUCGGUACCGGGGUAGUCCCUCUGUCCAACGCAGUCGUGCGUGCUCUAAUUGCAGUGGCGGAGUCACCGGAAGAUCCCUUCCGGCAGAUCUGCCUGGAGACGCUCACCGAGAUUCUGGUCAAGGACAUCGAUUUGAUGGCGAAGACGGGUGGAAUCAGGACGCUCCUACAUGUACUGUCAGAAGGUCCGCCGGAGACGGCUCCAUUGCUUAUCUCUGCUUUUCUGUACAUCGUCGACUGCCCUCGCACUAGGAUGUAUCUACGACCAGGCAUCGACUUAGAAAUUGCUCUGUCAGGUAUCACCGAUGCGUAUGGAAAGGGGCCGGAAUACGCUGAGCGGAUGAAAGCUUGUACACGGAUCAUCGUCUCGAUGUUACGGACGUGGAGCGGUCUCAUGUACUUUUGCAUACAAGACAAGCUAGCAAUCCGUACAUUAGUGGAUGUCCUCCGUAUACCCUCACUCCAGUCUCGGGAAGUGAUCCUUGAUAUGUUCUUCGACCUACUUAACAUCCGAGCGCCGGAUUGGCACCAAGCCUUUAUCGAUGGCAGACGGCUAACAAUAUAUCGGAAACUCAACCAAUCUGCGGACAUCGCAAAGCCACCGGAACGUCUUCAGAAGCAUCCUGUCAGCCUCAAGCUGACGGACCAGUACAUCGCUUUAUUGGUCCAAAUUUUCUGUGGAGCCGGACUACUGGAUGCUCUAACAGGCAUGCUGGAAGAGAACCCCGUCGGAUCUAACUUGUCUCGAAAAGCCACUCUGCUGAUGGGGGAAUUGCUACAAAUGGCCAACAGAGUGUUGCCUCUGACCAUCGCGGCUAGCAUUCAGGCUCUACCACGUGUGUUUACCUUAGCUACCGACUACUCUGUCGGGGAGCAUCGGAUCGUUGGGACGUCAGCGGUAUCGUCGAUUGAUAGUUUCAAUCGGCAUCGGGCGAGCCUGCAGCCCAUUACAGCUAACGCGAAGGGAGACUCACGUCCAAGAUCAAAUUCGAUCGAAGAUGCUGUCCGUCGCGGUCAGAGACAGAUGGAACAGGCUAAGAUCAAGAUGGCUAUUCAGAUGGAGGACAAGGCUUUCCAGGCUCUUCUCUUGGAAACGCAGGUCAUGACCACCAAGGAUCCAUUGAAAUGGAACUUCGACAUAUUACAAGAACUCGUUGAAGGCCCUCUCUUGAAUCCUAAGCGGAUGGAAGAGGCCAUUCGUGCGUCGAGAUACAUGCGCAAGCUCAUGGUGUUCUUCCAUCCGUUCAGUCACCGGUUCUCUGACCUACCGAGGACGAAGAACAACAUUCGUUGGGUGCGACUGGCGUGCAUGCUACUCAAUACACUUAUGACCUCCAGCGAGGGUGCACGUUUCCUCUCCGAGGAUGACCUAUUGAGCCAGAUCGUCAAGAGCUUUGCACAACUUGAUCCUUUCAAUGGUACGCCUACAUCGGAUCCGAUCUUCUCCAAGAAGCGCAUGCAAGAAACGCUCACGUUUGGCUACUUCGAAAUGCUGGGCACUCUGAGCAAGCGGAAGGAGGGACUGGAGUUGAUGGAGAAAUUCAAGCUUUUCACAGCUUUCUAUCAUCUAAGCGAGUUGAAAAGUCGCGAAGACCUCAUCAAAGGCAUCAUCGAGAAUCUGGACUACAGCAUCGACGGCCACUCGCGUAUCGUGCUGUCAAAAGCAUUGACGUCAAGCUACAAGCACAUCCGCUUGUUUGCGACAAAUCACCUAGGAACACUGAUUCGCGCAAGUCCGGUCGCGAACACUUGGACACUUCGACUUUUGCUCACCCAGUUGUACGAUCCUGCUCUCGAAGUGCGUGAAGUGGCUGUGCAUUUCUUGGAGGAAGCAUGCGAGGCGGCAGACGUUCUGCAAACCGUGGUGGAGAUGCAACCCACGUUAGAUCAUCUUGGCGAGAUAGGCCAUCCGCUGAUGCUCAAAUUCAUGUCAACGCCUAUGGGUUUCCGCUUCUUGCACGCAGCGGAUUACAUCGAUCGUGAAAUGGAUAUCUGGUUCCAUGAGCGAAAUCUACAAUACGUGGUACACGUUGAGGUAUUCCUUUCCAAGGUGUUCAAUUCGAACUCGGCCUAUGAUGAUGAAGACGUCUUGACUCUUGAGAGCGCUGUUCCACCGCACUUCUACGGAGUCAUGGCGAAGACCGAACUGGGUUAUCAGGUGCUGCAAGAGAAAGGUCAUUUCUCCGAAUUCGCUCAGUUCAUCAGGCAGCAUGGACUGGAGAGCGAAGAUCCUGAGUUGAUUCUGAAAUUGAAGAGUAUACUGUGGGCUGUGGGCAACAUUGGCGCCACAGAGGGUGGCCUCCCUCUUCUGGAAGAGGAAGAAAUCGUUCCAGCCAUCAUGAACAUCGCAGAACAGUCACUGGUGCUCUCUGUUCGUGGUACCUGUUUCUUCGUCCUUGGAUUGAUUUCAUCAACACCUCAGGGCGCUGAGGUGUUGGAUGAUUACCAUUGGGAAGCGACGCUAUCACCAUUGGGUAUGCCGACAGGUAUCUGCGUGCCCGUGGACCUCGAUAAGUUCACAGAGGUCCCUUCGUGGGAAUUUGUGUCACACGAAGGCUCUGAUGAAACACGUCUUGAGGCUCCAACUACUGAGGAGGAAGUCGAGGUGAUGACUGCUAUCUACAACCUCGCUAACACCGUCAUAGCAAACACCGCAUCAAGAACGUUGGCGAAGAUGAAAGCUCGCCCAGAAUAUCGCGACGUCUUCAACUCGCCUACCAUGUUUUAUCGUGCACUUCACACCAUAUCCUCUCAAAAAUAUCGCCUACAGGUUCGGCGUCACAUUCUGGAUCUAUUCAACCUUGAACUCGACGUCGAUCUCGUCAAUACUCUGAACCAAUGUGCGAUUACAUUACAGAUUCAACCUGACGACAAAUCUGCGAGGCCUUCAACUAGGAUUAUGAGUAUGAUCGGGCGGCCGGGUCAGUACAAACAGAGGUCUGCAGACAGCGAAGAGGAGGAUCUAUCCGACGAAGAUGAGCGGCAGGACGCCGUGGAAAGGCCUCCUGUCAUGAGCUUGCGGCCUGUGAGCCGCAUCAUCGGGUUUGAGGUGCACAGUUAUUUUGAUUGA